AUGUCGCGCAAUUCAUUCGACGAAGGUGACGACCAAAUCACCCCUCUCGCCCGCCGCAUGACGGCCACCAACGAAGGCAACCGCGUGCUCCAAAUGGGCAACAUGGCCGCCGCCCGCCGCAAGAACAGCAUCCACCGCACUUCUCCCCCUUCAGACCUCGACAAUCGACACCGCUCUCCCUCUGCCGACCGCCACGUCGAGAUCCCCACCGAGUUGCCUGCACGCAGCAAGACCACCAGCGGCAACGGCGGCAUGUCUCGCUCCAAAUCCAUGAAGAAGGCACUGGGUCGCGCCCUCAGCGUCCGCGAAGAACCACACCAAGCCCACAACAUCCCCAACACUGGCUUUGCACCCUCACGCUCAAAGUCCCUGCGCGCACCACCGCCUCCACGCCUCAAUCUACGCAGACAGCAAGAAGCAGCCAAAAACGGCGUCGUAGAGGUGCCACCCGUGCCUGAUUUCCCCUCACCAGGACGCGCUCCCCAGGGCCAGAGAAUCUUUGAUCCGCAAACCAUUGCAGAGGAUGAGGGUGUGGAUGUGGAAAAGACUGGUGGGUGGGCUGUGGACAAAAAGACGCAGAAGAAAUUGGAUGACGAGAGGGCUAGGAUUGAGGAGAAUGAGAGGCAGGCGGUGUUUAGUGGUGAGGACGGGGAUAUCAAGCAUAACAAGACGAGGCAGCGAAGCAAGAGUUUCAAGGAGUUUUUCAGGAGGGGUUGA